AUGAACACGCCGAAUCUUAGAAUGACAAUAGAGAAGCAGGACCCUCCUUUGCCACACGCUGCUCCAGCAGAGUCAGCGAUGCCAUGGAUGUGGGCAAUGCGCCCGGAGGAAGUUGGAGGCUGGAAGACUUGUCCUCUCCGACUCGGACAAGCUCAGCUCAGCAAGGGCAAGCUGCAGGUCGCGGGCCAGCGCAAGCGUGGUGAGGUUUUGCUCCAGGCAUGCCACUCGGCUGUUCGAUACCGCGUCCAUCCCAUGGAGAUAGACACGCCGAGGUGUAGUUCUGGUUUGUUGCGCUUUACGGCCCUGUCCCCCGGCCGUGGCAAUGGCGUGGCGCCCGUGCACAUGACUCUCGAUUACGCGCGCUUCGACAAGCUGGACGGUGCAGACGACACAGGCCCGCCAGAAGAGGCCUUCGACGAUGCCAAGGCCAAGAUCCUGGCCGCCGUCCGCGCCCAGAGGAUGCAGGCAGAUCGGGAGGCGGCCGCUGGCAGCUUGGAGGAAGCUGUGAGGCUCUACGACGAUGCCAGCAAGAUCCUGCUCUCUCUGCAGGAUGCGAGCACAGAAGAAGCACUCCAGGCUGUUGACCUCCGAGUGGAGGCGCUUGGCAUCCGGCUCAUGGCGGCCAAGGCUUUCUCCUUGCUAAGUGACUGGUCCGAGGCGGAGGCCCGUGCGAGCAAAGCUCUCGAGGCGGCGAUGCUCUGCCCAGGCAGUCACCAUCAGCUCGCAGAACUCACAGAGCUGGGGAUCAUUCCCUCCGAGGCGCCCUCAGAGGAAGGAUUUCUGGUCCAUCGUGACGCUGCAGACGCGUUGCUGUGCCGAGCACGGGCGCGGCUCAAGCUCGGUGAUGCAGUCGGGGCGCGUGACGAUGCCGCCAAGGCUCGAAGCUUAUCCGGUCAGUUGCAGGACCACCUGAAGCAGGAAGCUGCUGACGGGUUUCUGAUGCAGGCUCAGAUGAUCAUUUCCGCUAGUGGACAUGAUCCAAAGACUCAGAGCCGAAGCAGCCGGAGCGACCGGAGCGACCGGAGCGACCGGAGCGAAAGCCGGGUAUGCCGGGCUUCAGGAGGACCCUUGGAAGAAUUGACCUGCGAGGACGCCGCUCCACUGACGUUCAACGUCCCGCUGUCUAAGAUGCCCAGACCAGAAGAAAUAUCUGGGCUGGAAGAGAUGGACUGA